AUGCCAGACACAAAGUCUGUCAAUCACUCUGAUGGCGAUGAGAAUACACGCAGGUACUCUCUAUUCAACAUAUGGUGUGCUUCGCUUGCGUUGAAAGCUUUGCUUGCAGUGGGCUACCAUUCCACCGACUUUGAUGUACACCGAAAUUGGCUAGCCAUCACAUACAAUUUACCGGUAGCAAAGUGGUACCUUGAAAAUACAUCGCAAUGGACACUAGACUAUCCACCAUUCUUCGCUUAUUUCGAAUGGUUCUUAUCACACAUGGUGCCAAAUUUCGUCAUGGAGGAUGGAUGCUUGUCUAUCGUGGAAAAGGGCCUCUACAGCCUACCAACCAUUUUGUUCCAGAGACUUUCAGUCAUUGCAAGCGAGGUUGUCUUAUUCGUGUCCUUGCAAUGGUAUCUAGACACAUCCAAAUCCAAAAGAGAAGCCAGUAGAGCGUUCGUUGUUGCGCUGUGUUUGGUUCUCUCGCCUGGUUUGAUGAUUAUUGAUCAUAUUCACUUCCAAUACAAUGGAAUGAUGUAUGGAAUUUUGGUUUUAAUGAUCAAUUCUGCAAGAUUAGAAAGAUACUUAUUGUGUGGAUUCUGGUUCAGUGUUUUACUAUGCUUCAAGCACAUCUACUUGUAUUUGGCCCCAGCCGUUUUCAUAUACUUGUUGCGUGCUUAUUGUCUCAAUAUGUCCUAUGAUACUAAAAAGAGCUUUUUGCACAAUGCUUUCAAAAUGGUGAGAUGGAUGAACUUGAUCAAAUUGGGAUCUAUAGUGGUAUCUGUCUUCACUGUUGCAUUUGGCCCUUUUAUCUACUACAAUGUCAUUCCCAACCUACUUGAAAGACUUUUUCCUUUUAGUAGAGGCUUAACUCAUGCGUAUUGGGCUCCAAAUAUUUGGGCUAUAUAUUCCUUCUUGGAUCGCAUCCUCAUUCAGGUCUACCUCCGAAUUCCCCUUUUGAGAGUCCCCCUACACAAAAUCCUCAUGUUUGAUGAAAGUAAUUUAACCAAUACAAAGAUGUUAAGUUCGUCUACCAGAGGUAUCGUGGGAGACAUUGAGUUCUUGAUUUUGCCUACCAUCACGCCCAAAUUAACUUUCUAUCUUACACUCUUUUACCAAACUAUGGCCCUCAUUCCUUUGUUUCUUCAACCAAACUUUCAAAGAUUCAUUGGGGCCUUGACUCUUUGUGGUUAUGCAUCGUUUUUAUUUGGCUGGCAUGUUCAUGAGAAGGCCAUUUUGAUUGUGAUUUUCCCCAUCACGUUCCUUGUCACGCGUGACAAAAGACUUUUGAACCCAUUCAACCUUUUGGUCAGUUGUGGAUAUGUCUCUUUGUUCCCGCUAAUCUAUACAUGCGAGGAAUGGCUCAUCAAAGUCACGUUUACCCUAUUCUGGUAUAUCAUAUACUAUUUCCAGUUUCGUAAAGUGGUUAGAGUCCCCAAUAACGUGCACAAGGAAGCAAGUUUCUUUCUGGUCGAAAGGGUUACUAACCUUUACAUUUUAGGACUUAUUCCAAUUAUUACUCUGGUGACUUUGAUUGACUUAUUUCAACACAAAUUUGAGAUAUUACAAAAGUUGGAGUUUUUGAAACUUAUGUUAGUGAGUGUUUACUGUGGGAUAGGAAUCAUUUGCUCAUGGAAUGGGUUCAAUUGGCUUUACUUUGUCGAUGAGAGUAUCUGGGACGACAUUGAUUCUUGA